GUCAUCCUCUGUGGGCUCCAAUAUCUUCGACAUCCUUGUGGGACUUCCGAUUCCAUGGAUGAUCAAGAUUGCUUUGAACGAUGUGAACUAUCAGGUCACCAUCAAGUCGCCCUUUCUCGCAUUCCACACAAUCCUGUUGUUGUUCAUGGUCGUUGCGGUUGUUCUCAGCAUACAUUGCCUGGGAUGGAAGCUGAAUCGUAUGCUGGGCUUCUGCAUGGCCAUCCUGUAUGUGGCGUUCCUUGGCAUUGCCCUCUCCGUGGAAACUACGCAGCCAGAGUGGCUUAAAUUCUGA